CGUUGAGGAUGAAUGUAUUGAUUUUAAGAGAAAAAGAAAAGCUGUCUAUGAGUUACAUCAAAAAUCCUAUGUUUUCAGCAAUUCUAUAGUCAAAUCUGGAUAUACACUCUGGCUUGGCCGAAUGCGCUUCUGAUGGCACUAAGGCACAAUACAUGGACGAGGCUCAAAGCCAAGACGUCUUUCAUUAGUGGUUUUACAUUACCCACGCAUUCUUUUGUUUUCUUAUUCAGUAAAUUUGAAGUGUGUGAAGUAGGUAUGGUACAGACAUUCGGCAUCAAAUAAAUUUAGAUAAAGCAGCAGAUCUAAAGGUACCCCAGACUUGCCCCUCUCCCCUCUAUCGACGCGAGAAAAUGCGUCGCUAAAUCUUCGGGCCAGCGAGGCCAUGACGACGGCUCUAAGGUUAUCCACUGACUGGGCUGGGCGUCGUGGAAUCUCGAGAGGCAAUGCCAAAUGCGUCUGUACCAGAAAGCAAUAAAGACAAAACCACACCUUCAACAACAGAGUCGGACCCCUUGACAUCUACCACUGUGGCGACCAUUUAGACUCUCUCUGGAUAUCUAAAUCACGCUCCAAGACAUCCGCAAACUCGGCGAAUGAGGUAGCCAUUCAAACCUCGAUAUCAGCCCAACCUUGAGAGCCUGACCUGGAACCUUGAAUCAACUCUCUAUUUACGGCACUCCACUACAUACUUCAUUUCAUCCGUAGCUGAGGAAAAUUACAUGCUAUCAGUACCGAUCCAUUAGUGAUCAACAGUUGACGGAGGAACAGCUGCAAUUGGAGCUGUACCGUCGACACGAGCCGUCCAGUCGCAAACUUACCGCAGCACUUCCCUGAGUCUCGCCACUUUCCAGAAUACAUUCGCACGGUCGACAUGUGUUGAGGAAUCAUUUACACGCCGCGAUAUGAGUCCUGCUGCAUCAGGCGGACCUCCACAUACAAGGGCGUCGUCGGUCAAUGGAGGGCCAGUCAAGAUGGCGUAUGGUUCGAAGGGCAAUGGAACUGAUGGCCUGAAGGCUGUAAAUCGGGUAUUUCCACAUCUGGAUGAUCUUGUAGCAAUCGAGCCGGCUGCAGAGAUGCUGCAUUGGCCAAUGCGAAGAAUCUUGCAGGAGGGAGAGCUGUUAGCUAAGCAAGCCGAUACUCACUUGGAUUUCAGGCGGCCAGACGUGGCGCUGCAAGAAUAUAUCAAAGCGACCACCAUUGCUGUGGACUACAUACCUCGGCAUAAGGACUUUCCUUCUCUCCAGGCCGAUCGAGGUGAAUUGCACCGAAUGCACGUUGGCUUGAACAAGAGGAUCAACGCCCAGCACAGCAAGUUUGCAGAGGUUAAGGAGAUCAUCAAAGAGAACAAUGCAAGGAGCGGGGUGCAACCUAAGAUUUCGAAGUCAAAGCCCCAUAUAGAGAACCAGGAGCCUACCGUGAAUGGUCAUGCUCGGACACAAUCAGUUCCCAAUGGACCAGCCAACGGCAAUUCUGCCAAUCCGAACCGCAAAAAGCCCCCUCCAGUUCAACCAAAACCAAAUGCCCUACAUGGAAAUGCUAUACCAUCUUCAAAAACAAUUUCCGGACAAGAAGACCUGGCCGCACGCUUCGCGCGCCUACGCACUCCGGAACCGAAGCCUCCUGUUCAACAGGACCCUCGAAUCAAAACACAACCGAUCAUCAUUCCCGGAAAUGUCUCAAUUUCUCAGUCACCUUCUCAGGGUACCAGUGGCUCCACGGUCCGCUCUACUGGGCCAAGAGAAUUCCCUUCAGUUCCCAAAGCCAUACCACGUCACGUCAAGAUGCCACUAGAUGUGCAAAUACCUUCUAUGCCACGUGAGCCGGAUGCGAUAUACAGUCCGGCCAGCGGUGCAGAGAACCCGUCUGGAGUGAAUCUGCCAUCAAGUAUUCGAGCUUCCUCUUACCAGAAUAAUGGAAGGAAGAAGUCGGCUCCACCAGUGUCAAGAGUCGGACCAACGCCAGACGUCAACGAUAAUAGGAAAGACUACUUCUCUCCCGCUCAUACCAUGAGCAACGGCGACUACGAGCCAAAGGCCCCGAAACGGCCAGCGCCGGAUCUGCCCGCCGGCACUAACAUCACAGCAGAGGACCUCUAUGAAUGUCUCCGUCAACCUGUAUCGAUUCUCAUAGUAGACUUGAGAACUCGGGAAGAAUUUGAGAGUGGCCACAUCAUGGCCCAGUCUAUUAUCUGCGUCGAGCCAAUGACGCUCCGAACAGGUAUCUCGGGCGAGCAACUAGAAGAUUCGUUGGUCAUUGUUUCCGAUGCUGAACAGGCUCUCUACGAGCGAAGGGCAGAGUUCGAUCUAGUUGUCUUUUACGAUCAGUCAUCCAAAUCAGUCUGCCAAACUAGCUCAUUCACUAGAGACAGCAACAGCAUAUUACGAGAUUUCUCGGCGGCUGUGUAUGAGUAUGGGUAUGAGAAGAAAGUAAAGAGACGUCCCGUGCUUCUCGUUGGCGGCUUGGAUGCAUGGGUGGAUCUGUUGGGUCCAAACUCUCUGAAGUCGACAAGUAAAGCUGCGCCGGCCACAACGUCAGGCAACAAUCGUUCGCUGGGAAGAUUCAGCCGAGGUUUUGAUGCGCAACGGAACGGGUUAAAUCGUGCUAACACACGUACAUCACGUCCGUUGACACAAGAAGAAGAAGCGAAAUGGGAUCUGGCUAUGAGCCAGGAGCCUGCCCCUGCAAGUCCCGCGGCUGAUGCUCCAUCUGAAGAGUUUGUUUAUGCACGAACCUUGGAGGGAUUUCUGAACAAAUACCCAGAGAUGCCAGUGAUCCAAGAGUCUAUGGUAUCAGAGACCCCUGCUCGGCCAACCGAAACAAAUUUGGAUAAGCUGGAAGACAGCAUACCACGCCUUCCAACCAGACCAGCGCCAGCGCUUCCGAGAACUCGGUCAAGCGGUAUCUCAGAUCGUGGCUCAAGCACUGUUGCUUCUUACAACUCGCCUAUUUCUGGCACAUCAUCCAUCACUCAGCUACGAGUGUCACCAGGCCUUACGGGUCUGCAAAACGGUAACUUCUUCUGUUACAUGAACUCGGCUAUUCAAGCAUUGAGUGCAACGCCCUUCCUUCGAAAUUAUCUUAUGGACUUCAAUUAUCCACAUACACUUAAAGUUCCAAAACGGCCAGGGGAGACAAGCGAGCCGCCACAGCUCAUGACACGAUUCCUUGGUAACUUGAUCGCCCAUAUGUGGGGCGGCCAGUAUGAUUUCUUGUGUCCUACAACUCUUCGUGACUACACGAUGAGUAUACGCUUCAAAGAAGCAGGAAGCGAAAGCAGCCGCAGAGAGUGCUAUGGUGGACCAGACAAACAACACGACACGUCCGAAUUUCUCCUCUGGUUCACAGACAUUCUUGACGAUGAGCUUAAUCCAGGUCGUGAUAUUGUCAACAAUAUCGCUCAAGGCGAGAUCCCAGCUACCCAAAUACCACGUUUUAAACGCAUCCCUUUGAUCCAAGCCUCCAUGGAGUCAUUACAGUACCUCCGGGCAGGGAGACUGUCGAUAAUCAGUCAGCGCAUGGACUCUCAGGAAUGCAACCAAACGAUCUGCAAGACCUGUGGAGACAUUACACGCACUUGGAACUCGUUCAGACAGCUCACCGUUCCUCUUCCUGACAGCCGAGCCCAUACGCUGCAGCAGCUCCUCGACACUCAAUACGGAACAGGCUCUGCGGAUCUAAGGACAGCAAUUGACUGCGACAGUCUCACCUGUAGAGGUGCUAAACGCGAUAAAGACCUGACGAGGUAUCUAACCCGUCUGCCAGACUACCUAGUCAUCACCAUCGGUCGCUUCCUGUCCCUGGGCUCAGGCAGGAACAACGCCGAAAUCACAUUCCCAGAAACCGGCAUCGACCUCACCAAAUACUUCUGUCCCGCCGACGACGUUCCACCGAACUCUCUCGAUCGAGAGCAUAGAGGUCCUUUCAAAUACGACGUCUACGCCGUACAGCAGCACAGAGGUACACUCGCCGGAGGCCACUACUGGACUGUGGCUCGCAGUCCAGAUCUACCACGCAACAAGAAUGGAGCUGGGGAAUGGCACGAGUUUAAUGACAAGACUGUUAAUCCUUGCACGUUUGCGAAGACGCAGGACUUUUCGACUUAUAUGAUUUAUCUUGUGAGGCAGGGCACGCCGAUGCGGAGGGCGUGA